AAAUCUUCACUCUCCGACAUGGCCCGAUCACGACUCUAUGACUACUUCCACACCCAGUACCAACCCGGCGAGCGGUUGCUGCUCGUGAAGAUCGACUUCUUCAUCCUGACCUUUUGCUGCGUGAGCUACUUUGUCAACUACCUCGACCGCACCAACCUCAACAAUGCAUACGUGUCCGGCAUGAAGGAGGAUCUGGGCUUCGUCGGAGACCAGCUCAACCAGAUCAACACAUGCUUCACCGUCGGCUAUGUCAUCGGUCAGAUCCCCUCCAAUAUGGCGCUGCACUACUGGCGGCCGCGCUACUUCUUCCCGCUCACCAUGCUCCUCUGGGGUGCUCUCACCAUGGUGACGGCGUCUGCGCAGCGGCCGCAGUCCAUCAUGGCCAUCCGCUUCUUUCAGGGCAUAUUCGAAUCCACGUCCUUCGUGGGAGCCCAUUACAUCCUGGGAUCGUGGUACACGGAAAAGGAGUUGGGGAAGCGUAGCGGUCUGUUCACAUCCUCAGGUCUGGCCGGUACCCUCAUCGGCGGCUUCAUCCAGACCGGCAUUCACGAGUCGCUCGACGGCCGCCACGGACUCUCCGGCUGGAGGUGGCUCUUCAUCAUCGACGGGCUCCUCACAGUCCCCGUCGCUCUAUACGGCUUCCUUCUCUUCCCAGACACUCCGCACACCACCACGGCAUUCUACCUCACCGACCAGGAGAGAGCUCUGGCACAAGCUCGCGUCCCCGAGCAGCGGGAGACGGAGACCCACAUUCCCGGUGCAGGCCCGGACACGAGCAAGCUCAAGGCCAUCCUGGUCUAUGCGCGUAUGGUGCUCUCAUCCUGGUACUGGUGGGGGUUCGUCAUCCUGUGGAUCUUGGCCGGUGAGACGGAGUCGUUCAGCACCAACGCCACGCUGGCCCUCUACAUGAAGAGUCAUCCGACAAACAGCUACACCGUCCCGCAGCUCAACAACUACCCAUCAGGCGUCCCGGCCGUCGGCAUCAUCUCGACGCUCUUCUGGGCAACGCUGACCGACUUUUACGGUGGCAAGCGCUACCUCGUCGCCUACUUUGUGGGCAUCACCGGUAUCUGCACGGCCGCCAUGGUCUUGGCUGCCGGCCGGGACCCGACAAGCGCACUCUCGACGCGUGUGACAUUUGCCGGAUACUACUGGGCCGGUUCCAUCUAUGCUUGCCAGGCCACCUUCUUUGCCUGGUGCAACGAUACGAUGCGUUUCGAAGACGGCCUCUUCCGCGCCGUCGUCUUGGCCGGCAUGAACCUGGGCAGCAACGCCGUCAAUGCCUGGUGGAGCAUUGUCUUUUACGGAGCAUCGUAUGCCCCUUGGUUCAACGUGAGUCUAUCUACCGCCCUUGUGCAUACCCCUUUCGCCCUUGGCUGUCAUGUACUUACACAGAUUCAGCGCGGGAUGUGGGCUAUGAUUGCGGUGUCUGUUGCUCUGAUGAUAUGGGCUAGUGCAAUGAUAUUGCUCGAACGCCGGGACAAGAAGCGUCGUGCUGUUCUCCACGGAAAGGAAUCAGCUUCAGAAUCGGGUGUCAAGUUACAGAAGCCAGAAGAAGCCUAG